AUGGCUACUUGGGCCUAUCCCCAACUCCUGCCCGAUCGACUGAAAAGAGAGGAGGAUGAUUCAUUGGCCCGGGAAUUGAAAUGGUUUCUAGGUUCCCUUCAAGAAUCCCUGGCUUCGUUGCGGGAUGGCCUGCAGGAGAGUGCUGCACUCUUAUCACCAACUAUGCCCGGGUCAACGCUGGUUCUUUCCUCGUUGCGGUCUGAAAAUGUGAAGGGAUUUGUCACCAGGGUCGGCACAAAAAUUGUGAAAGGAGACAUCCAACUCCGCUUACAUUCGUUAACGCCCCCCAAGGGCUCCAAUUCCACCAGGUUAUUAGUUUCUGAUGGACCGGGAGCGGCGGAGAUUGCUCUCCGCCAUCUUGUUCUUGUACGGCGCCUAAUAAAUGAGAGUCUCGAUGUAAUAGACGUAAGCACUUGGACAGGAGAUCCUAUGAAUGCGAGCUUCAUCUCAGGCCAGCUGCGGUUACUACAUGAUAAUCUCAGCGAAGCUCGACUGACAUUGAAGGGCGAAGGAGAGAAGUCGAAAAAACCAUGGUACGAAGAUAGUGUGGAUGAGAACGCCUUUGCCCCUCCGCUCCCACCAUAUGUGUCAUUUCACCUCUCGAUCUCUGAAGCUGCUCUGGUGCUAAAUCUCCGAACCCUAGAGCCCGUCACGCCAGAAAACACCCCAGCAACAUCUUUUGCCCCGGAAAUAUCUCUCAGUGGCUUUUUCUUACGAGAUCGGAUUUUUGGACCACGACAUCCUGUUCAUGACGAAUCUGGCGACGUAUUCAAUUGGAAAGGGGAAGAGGUUAAAGUGAAGGAAAAGGUUCGAGUAGAGAGUCAAGAUCCCAGUCUCCUGUCCGCCAUGUCCAAGCUGACCGCUCUCGAACAUGAUGUUUCGAGGUGGAAAUCAGCACUAGGCGUUGUCAUGGAGGAAGACGACACAGAUAAUGAGUGA